AUGAGCAAGGAACCAAAAGAAAGCCUUGCUAUUCCAAGUCCUGCCGCAGAUGCCAGCGGAUCAACUCCGACCUCCUCGGGUCCCCAGCAGCUUCGUGACCUCCCAAAAAUUGACCCUUAUCCCUUUUCCAUAUUAGCCGUCGUUACUAUUAUUCAUCCUGCAAAUGGUGUGGAAUUGUUCGAGUGGCAAGCUUAUGAUCGUCUACCCGGACCUGAACUACAGUUUGGUGUCCAUGUUGAAACCCUUUUGACUGCAUGUCAGAUUGUCGCCAACAACGAGCCCGGAUACCUCUCAAAACAUCAAGGUCGCGACGAUGAACGAAUAGAUGUCGAUCUCGGUUCAAUUCUCGCUCCCGGUCACUACUAUUAUCACGUUGAAAAGGUCGCGCUGAAUCCAUACCCUAUAUGCCGCGACUUCAAGAGCUGGACUUUCCCACAUGGAGACAUGCCUCGUUCUUGGUCCAUAAAAUCUCCAGCACUUCCAAAGAACUUACAUUGGGGCUCCUCCUGGAGUGCAGUUAGUUUUAUUGUCAAGCUCAGGGAUAAGAAGUGUCGCGUAACCGGAUCCAGUGAGUGGCUCUCAACGGCACAUCUCAUUCCCGAAGAAGAGAGAUCCUGGCUGCGACGGAAUAAGAUGUAUGCGUACCUUGUAAGAAAACCACCACAUUACCAGUCGCCCUGCAACUUGCUUGCGCUUCGGUACGAUUGCCACCUCGGCGGAUUUGAUCGUGCACAGUUUGUUUUUGUACCGAAGUGGGGUAAACUGGCUGUGCAUUUCCUCUGCGACAGCAUGGAGUUCGCAAAUCAGUACCACAACACCAUUUUCCAUGGAGAUGCCCUAUCGAUCGAAGCACUGUACAGUCGCUUUGCUUGGGCAGUUCUCAAGCUUGUUGCAGAUACGACGAAGGAUUCGGAGGAUUUCGAGUUUGUUGAGAUGCCAAAAGAAAAUGGGAAAGGGGGUGGAAAAGGAGGAGGUAGCUCACGCAAGCGGAAACGCGAAGAUGAGGAUGGCGGUGAGGGGGAUCAAGAUUCCGAAAACAAUAAAGACGCCGCCGACCAAAGUGGCGCCUAUCAAACUGCCAGUCGAACUCACAAGCGGCCCGAUGUUCUGUUACAUGGACCCAACGCUUGGCUUUCCGAUGUUCUUUCUCAAUUAGAUGAUGGUACCGAUGCUCGUGAACUUGAGGAAGAUCUGGACACUGCAGCUUGCCUUCCUUUUUUAGGUUUUUUAGUCGAUUCCAACAUUGAACCCACGGCUUAUCAAUGGGAAUUACCAUGGUACCCUGGUGUCAGUGUCGUCGAGAAACUCAAAAAGAAAUACAUUGUAGAACAUCCAAACGUUCGAGCACACAAUCUUCCAGAAAUGAGCAAUGAAUCACAAAGCAACGGCGUACUUGACGAUGGUGAUUGA